AUGAAGAUCAAGGUCCCGAAGCGUGCCUACUCCAUAGGCGGCGAUCCGUUGGAGCGGAUGCAGACGCCGGUUUUUAAUAAGCGCGAGCUCGCCACGAUGAAAAAGACGCCCUCCUCGACCGGCACCGUCUUGGCCAUGUCCGGAUUGUUCAUAUGCGGUGUGGCGCUAUUUUCAUCUGGAGUACUGGUUCUGAUUUUGCAACAGGAAACCCCAUUCAUCAUCGCUGGCUGCUCAUUUGUGGGUGUCGGGACGGCAAUGCUGCUCGUUUGCGCUGUAUUGCAGUGGAAAAACGUCAAGAAAUUGGUCCUGGACGUGAAUUCCCACCUCACCGGCGUCUCCACCCGGAAGCAAAUCUGGCGCACCAUGUUUGAUGGGCCAUCGGAUUUACCCCAAAUGUCACAG